UUGUAAUUGGAAGCUUGUUAUUUGCUUGUUUAUGAAGAUGAUCGCAGAUGUUGCUUGUGCUCUAUGGUUGUUAAGUGUAUCGACUUUGUUCUUCUGCUUCUAUUUUGCUAAGUUUGGAAAUUUUCUUCCACCAGAUCUGUGAUUCAGUCUGUCUUUUGAUUGCUAUUUCUGGCUUUGGACUUGUUUUGUGGCUUCGAAUCUGGAUUUUCCGAUGCAAUAUGCUUGGAUUUUAUGAAAAGAGGCGUUUCUUCUUUUUGGAGGUUUUGGGGCAAAUGCCUCUCGAUCUUAACUUGGAGAAUGGCUUCUGUUGUCUCUGGAACACUUUUUUGCUUGUCUUUUCGUGAAUUCUUCUUGAACUUUCUUUGUUAAUUCAUGAAUCUGCCUUUCCCAGUAGCUUCAGAAUACUUAUCUUGCUUUCGCACCUACACAAGUUUGCUAAACUGAGCUUCAACUCAUAAGGAUUUUCGAUACAAGUUCUUGUACAUAAUGCCUUUGGAGCGUGAAACUAUUCCCUUAAUACUAUUUUUAAUAGCUAAGGUUUCAAAGUUAUCUGGGUCCUCUUAUCUUACUUUAAUUCUGGUGUUCAUAGUUUUAAGCUUCAAUUUGUCGAUGCCGGGUUCAUAAUUAUGGUUUAAAGAGUUAUAUCUGAAUUCCUUGAAUGCUGCAUGCUGAAUAGUCGUUUCUAAAGAAUUGCAGAUACAUCAGAAAGUUUGCUGAAGAGAAGUUUCCAUUGUCUUGUGGAUGCUAGGAUAGAUUUUUAAGCUAGAGCUCUUUCACAUACCAUGUUCUGAAUUUAUCCAGGCACCUUGAUUCUAAGUGCUCGUCGUCCAGAUCGUGAAGCAUCUCGCCAUGCUCAAGCAAAUAUUGAGCAAACUUCCUCGGAAGUUGCAGAAGUCGGAGACUGUGGAUUCUGCAACAAACGAUUCUGGCAAUAAUUCUUCCCGUCUUGGACAUGUUUUCCAGUGUACAAAUGUCGGGAGUGCUUUCUCGAGUAAAUUAAAUGUCGUCAAACGUGUUUCUUCAGCAGUUUUCCCUGCAAGCAUUGCAGCAGAAGCAGUGGAUCCUCAUCUGUCAUUCAAAGAUGUUCCAAAUCCACAGAAGCAAAACCUGUUUGUCAGUAAAUUGAACUAUUGCUGUGAGGUUUUCGAUUUGAACAAUAUGGAGAAGCAGGAUCUUAAACGUCAAAUGUUGAUAGACAUUGUUGAUUUUGUUACCUCUGGAUCUGCAAAGUUCAACGAGACAACAAUUUCAGCAGUGUGUAAGUUAUGUGCUGCUAAUCUUUUUCGCGUAUUCCCACCCAAAUCUCGCUCAACUUCGUCUGGUGGAGAAACGGAGGAUGAAGAACCAAUAUUUGACCCAGCUUGGUCGCAUAUGCAAAAUGUAUAUGAUCUGCUGGUUCAGUUUGUCAGUAACAAUUCUCUAGAUGCAAAAGUGGCCAAAAAAUAUCUCGAUCAUUCUUUUAUCUCAAGAUUACUCGAUCUCUUCGAUUCUGAUGAUCCAAGAGAAAGAGAUUGCUUGAAAACAAUCCUUCACCGUGUCUAUGGGAAGUUCAUGAUACACAGGCUUUUCAUCAGGAAGGCUAUUAGCAAUGUCAUAUAUCAUUUUGUUUUCGAGACAGAGCGGCAUAACGGAAUUGCAGAGCUGUUGGAGAUCUUUGGUAGCGUGAUUACCGGGUUUGCAUUGCCAUUGAAGGAGGAACACAAGACAUUUUUAUGGAGGGUGCUCAUUCCUCUUCACAAACCAAAAUCGGUUGGAAUUUAUCAUCAACAAUUGACGUAUUGUAUUGUACAGUUCAUAGACAAGGAUCCCAAGUUGGCCAGUACAGUUAUAAGGGGACUCUUGAGAUAUUGGCCUUUAACAAAUAGCCAGAAAGAGCUGAUGUUUUUAAGUGAAACAGAAGAGAUUCUGGAAAUGAUCAGCAUGGUCGAGUUCCAGAAGAUCAUGGUCUCUCUCUUUCGGCGAAUCGGAUAUUGCUUGAAUAGCUCUCAUUACCAGGUGGCAGAGAAAGCUCACUUGCUUUGGAACAACGAACACAUCAUCAAUCUUGUUGCACACAACCGACAAGCGAUCAUUCCGAUUAUUAUCCCAGCACUCGAACGAAAUACACAAAAGCAUUGGAGCAACGCGGUACUAAAUCUAACUUUAAAUGUGAAGAAGUUGGUUCUUGAGAUGGACGAGGAGCUUGUGCUAGCUUGCGAGCUUGACUCGAAGGAGGAACAAUCAAGGUCGAUUGCAGCAUCAGAGAAGAGGAGAUUGACAUGGGAGCGACUCGAGAAUGCUGCAACUCCACAACCUGUAUCUACUAACAUUUCGUUUCUGGUAGAACCAGCAGCAUGUGCAGUUGCUGGCUAGUCACUUGAAUUGGAAGAUCAACUCAACAAAACGACGGUAGUUACGCAGUAUCCCGGGAUCUAGUUCUUUGAUUCAACCGAGUUUUCGGUUCCAUGCCGAGAUGCAACAAACAAGCUAUGGAUGAUCUGAUCAGGUCCUGCUGAAACUAUCUGUACAGGUGUGUGGGUAAAAGCAGCCUCUCUGGUUGCCAUAGAUUUGACGAAAUCUGUAUCCUUUAUCAAACAGUGUGUUUCUUCACUGUUUUUCAUAUCUCAUUCAUGAUGGGAUUUUGUGCUUUUGAAUUCCAUUGGUAGCAUAUUGAAGCCUUCAGCUUUGAGCUUGUUUGUUCUUCUGAAAAUUCCAUGUCUUUUUCUCUUAUCUUCUGAGUUUAAAUUGCAGAAACUGAGGCGAAUCCCCGUUUCUAGUUAAAACGGGGACGGAGAUGAGGAACGCUUUUCCGGUUCAUACCUCCAACCCUAUUUUCGAUCUCGAAAAUUAUAUAAUAAAAUGUAAUACUUUACUAUAUAUACAUAUUUAUGUUUGAGUUUAUGAAGAUCGAACUAUCAAUUUUAAAUGGUAGUGGAUGCUUUAUA